AAUGCCUUUUUUCCGACAAUACAAGACGCAAGAGGUAACGAGGCGACAGUACAUGCAUAGGCAUAUGUAUACCCCUUCAACCCGCACUUCCGCAAUAUCGUACUCCCAUCUGCAACUGCCAUUAUUCAAACGUACCUUGCAUGCAUCCGCAUCCGCGCAUGCAGUCUACCGCUCUCUCCCGGAUAGCACCUCCCCUGUCAAAAGAGAAUCGGAUUUCGUCACCAGUCACACAACAUAAACCACGAUGCGUUCCACAACAUCGAACCGACCUGUCAAACCUCUAGUCCUGCAUGCCGCACAAAUAGCCAAUAUGGCACCCGAAGGCUUCCCCGAUCCCAGCAUAGGAGGCAACGUAACAUGGAAAACGUUGGUUUCGAAUGAGAAGACUGAUACGGAUACCUUCACAGUGGGCGUUGCGACGUGUCCGCCUGGAAGGGUCGUGGCUUGUCCCGCGUCUUCUUCUAGGGAAGACACUGGGGCUUCAACUCCUUCUUUGCAUAGUCCGGAGUCUUUGGGCGAUGCGGGGUUUCUUAAGUUGCAUCGGCAUACGCACGCAGAGAUGUAUCAUGUCGUCUCUGGUACUGGGAUAGUUUGUAUUGAUGGGCAAGAGUUUGAAGUUAGGCAGGGCUCAGUUGUAUUCAUCCCUGGUGAUGCAGAACAUGGAAUUUUCAACGCGGGGAAAGAGGACUUGGUUUGGUUAUAUGCUUUCGCUGCAGGUGGAUUUGGCGAGAUCGUAUAUCGAUUUAGUGAGCAGGGUGGGAGUGGGAAAGGCGGUAAGGACGUGAAGGCAAAGUUGUAAUGAGAUGGACACAGUGGACAGUCGAGAGUGAAGAAAGGCCCAUUGUUCUGUCGUCUAGACACACGCACUUUCGCAGACUGCU